AUGGAUAGUGAAGAUGUUGUAGGAGAUGACGAGUACCUGGAUGAAUUUUCUGAAGAAGGAGAUUCGAACGAAUUUCUUAGUGAGGAUGAGAAAGAUAGUAAUGAUUCAAAGAAUGAAAAAUUAGAUAGAAGAAAUGAUUUGUAUGAAGAAAAGAUAGGUGAUGAUAAGAAAGAAUGUGAUAGGAAUAAUAUAUAUAAUAGUAAUAAUAAUAAUAUUUGUGAUAUAUUUAAUUUUAAGGAAGAAGUUUUAAGUAUUCAUAAAAAGAAUAUAUGUUGUAUAAAAUUAAUACGAAAUGGUAGUAAUUUAAUAAUAUCAGGAAAUGAUAAUAAUGUUAGAAUAUAUGAAUUUAAGAAUAUGAAUCGACAUGAAAAGAGAUAUACAAAGUUGAUAAGUGUAGAAGAAGGAUCUAUUAUUCAAUCAUUAGAUGCUAGAGAUAAUUAUAUUUUGAUAGCACAUGGAAAUAAAUGUUUUGUAUAUAAUAAAAAUGGAGAAUAUAUACAAAAUAGUAUACGAGGUGAUAUGUAUAUUAAAGAUGUAAAUAAAACAAAAGGACAUACAAGACAAAUUAAUUGUUGUAAAUUUCAUCCAUUAAAUGAACAAAUUUUUAUAAGUGGUAGUCUAGAUAGUACAUUAAGAAUAUGGAAUAUGACAACAGAUAAUAAUGUAUAUGGAUUAGAUAAAGAACUGGUUCAUUUUCAAUGUAUAAAAAUAGUGAAUGAGAAAAAUUUAUUAUCAAAUAAUAUUAUAUCUUGUGAUUUUACAAAGGAUGCAAAUUCAAUUAUUAUUGGUUGUUCUAAUGGAUUUAUUGACAUAAGAAAUAAAAUAUCUAAUGAUUAUAUAUAUAACUAUAAAUCUAGUGAUUAUUAUAUAAAAAAAGAUAUUAGUCAUAAAGAUUCUAUAAUUGAUAUAUUGACAUGUAAAAAAAAUAAAAAUAAUUUUUUUACACGUAGUAUGGAUAAAACCAUAAAAUAUUGGGAUAUAAGAAAUCUUCAUUUAUGUCUUCAUACUAUUGAAGAUGUAUCGACAAUAUAUGAAAAAAGUAAUAUGUCUUGUUUUCAUAAUGAUAAAUAUUUAAUUAUAGGUACACAACAAAAAAAAAAAAAAAAUAUAAAUCCUAUUCAAAUAGAUCAUAAUAUUAAUUAUCUAUCAAGUGAUGAAGAUCAUAAAAAGAGUAAGCUUAAUAUAAAAUAUCAUCAAAAAGUUGAAGAUUUUGAAAAUUCACAAAUGGAUUAUGAUUUUACAGAUGAGUGUAAUAUAAAAAAAAAAUAUAAAAAUAUAAAAGGAGAAGAAAAAAAUAAUAAUCUUUUUAAUAAUAAUUAUAUUAAAGUUUAUAAAGGUGAUGAAGAUAUGAAUAAUUUUUUAACAGAAAUGUCAUCAUUAAAUAAAAUAGAAAAAAAUAUUUUUGGAUCCAUACAAAUAUAUGAUAUAGAAAAUAAUUUUAAUUUAGUUUAUACUAAAAAUUAUGAACGUUCAGGUAUUAUAUGUACAUAUUAUGAUGAAUAUAUAAAACAACUAUUUUUAGGAACAACUGAUGGAACAUGUCUUAUAUAUUAUGAUGAAAAUUCAAAGAAAGGAGUAUUAGAUUAUUUACAACAAAAAAGUUAUAAAAGAAAAGAGGAAUCAAAAGAAAACUCCUUUUUUUAUAUGAAAAAUGAUAAUAUAUAUAACUUAGAUAAUUUACCUAAUCAAAUACAAAUUACACAAUCAGGAAAUGUUAUUAUUAAAAAAAAUAAUCUAAAUAAUAAAAAAAUCAAAAUAAAUCCAACUGUUAAAUCAUUAUAUGAAAAUGCAUAUGAAAAAAAAAGUAAUGUUAAUGCAUAUUCUAAGUUUAUUACACAUGAUAAUAAUGAUAAUUUAAAUUAUAAUCAUCAUACAAAUAAUCACUCAACUAUAAACGAUGAUAACAUAGUUGAAGUCUUACGAAAUAGAGAAUUAAAUAAAAAAGGAGAUGACUAUUUUAUGAAGGCUUAUAAAUACACACAACCAAAUAAAAUUAUUGAUUAUUCUUCAGAGGAGGUGCAGGAAUAUUCAAAUAUUUUAAAGAGACCUAAAUGCCCUCAAUGUGGAAUAAAAAAUUGUGUUUGCGGGUAUAUGAAAAAUAAGUGA